AUUGCACAGCGAAUGCAAAACAUCAUCGCUGUAUGGCAUAGAGAAUGAAAAGCUGCAAGAGAACACUGAGGAAGGGAUUUCUUGCCUAGCAACGCGAGAAAGCCAUAAACCAGUUUCAUCUGUUCUGCAUCGUACCAUCCAUCCCGGUCACAAGAGAAGCUGCUGUGAUCACAAUUAUAAAUGGGGACACACCUAAAACGACUGGAAUAAGCGGACAUCAACCGUGAUAUCUAUGAGAGAAGUCUGGCUGCAAAUCAUGGACCAGGAAGAAAGGAGCCAAUAAAGGUUUCACUACCUCUGCUUUUCUUGUUUACUCUGGAUCUGUCCCCAGCCCCUCAUGAUCACCAGAGAAGAACUGAGAGAUUUACACAGUCCACCAAGCAAAACGUGAAAAAUCUGCAAUGCAGAAUUGAUAAGGUUGCCCACAGGCAUUUCUUUUGUUUCGCUGGUCAUGCUACAGCCUCACUUCUGCUGCUUCAUUAAGAGUGCGAAUGCUGGGCAGCACCAAAUAAAACCAUGCGGAUGAAUCACAGACGCUGCUGCAGGCAUCUCACCUUUCUCUUCAUUCUGCUCGUGUGUAUAGGAGGACUUGUCGUUCUGGGCUACUGGUGGCCUUGCCAGACGAACCACAGGGUGAAACCGCUGGCUGCUCGAGGGGUGCACAUCAUGAAAACAGACUCCAACUCGAGCGCAACAAAACUUAAAAAGUGGAAAGAACUGGAGACGCCCCAUGUACGUUUGAUGUCCGAGGUAAAUUUCAGUUCAUCUUCAGAUGAAGGAUCGCAGCAGGGCUUGGCAAACUCCUUGGGUUUGGACAUCAGUUUAAGCGGGGAGAUGAGAAUGGAAAAAACACUUAAGGUUGAGCCGUACAAGUAUGUCCGUAAUGAGCCAAAUGCAUGUCUACAACAAGAUCCAUUCUUAGUGCUUCUGAUUGCAGUCGAACCCAAGCGAGAGGACGCCAGGAACGCUAUCAGAAAAACGUGGGGCAAUGAAAGCGUGGCCGAUGGCUUAGGUUUUGUGCGUCUUUUUCUGAUGGGAGUACAGGAAGACAAACUGCAGCGCACAAUCGAGGCUGAAAGUAAUCGGUACCAUGACAUAAUCCAGCAAGAAUACAUGGACACUUACCAGAACCUUACAAUCAAAACCCUGAUGGGGAUGUACUGGGUGGCAACGUACUGCCCUAGGGCAAACUACGUCAUGAAGACGGACAGCGACGUGUUUGUCAAUACUGAAUACCUCAUACAUAAACUCCUGAAGCCCAAGGGGCUGCCAAGACGAAAGUACUUCACGGGGCAUCUAAUGAGAGGCCACGGCCCAAUCCGAAACAAGCGUAGCAAAUGGUACAUGUCACCAGAACUGUACCCGAGCGAGCGAUACCCCACAUUUUGUUCUGGGACAGGAUAUGUGUUCUCAGGUGACAUGGCCCAGAGGAUCUAUGGGGCAUCCCUGAGCAUACAUAGGCUGCAUUUAGAGGAUGUUUACGUGGGUAUCUGCCUAGCAAAGCUGAGGAUAGAUCCUGUGCCACCACCGAAUGAAUUUCUGUUCAAUCACUGGCGAGUGUCUUAUUCCAGCUGUAAGUACAGUCAUCUGAUCACCUCCCAUCAGUUUCAUCCCAAUGAAUUGAUCAAGUACUGGCAGCAUCUUCAGAGCAACAAGCACAAUGCCUGCAUCAACAUGCCAUGGAAGGUUAAGGACAAGAUGAACAAACUUCAGAGAAAACUGCUUUCCACUACCCAGUGGAGAAAGGAGACUUUUGGGUGAACCACAACAAAUCCAAACUGCUUUUCCAAACACAAAGCACAUGUUUUAAUUGUUGACCGGUAUUGUCCGAAUUAGGAUGUUAAUCUAUCUAUGGCCAAUUAAAACUGGUAUUUUGUAUGGAGUUGUGGUUUAAUCUGUUUGAACAAAUUAAAAUGGUUGAAAAUUAUGACUGAA